AUGAAGAUGAGAACACCCAGUCCAUCCCUUCUUGCACAACAGAUGGACCUGACUUUUGCGCUUCGGCGUAAAGAGAUUUAUGAAGAUCAGGACUUUGGGAAUGCACUUUGCAACCUAACAGACAUAUCAGAGCUUCAAGAUAGAGCUACACUGAAAAUCAUUCCUAUAAUUGAACUAGUACCAUUUAAUCAAGAGGAAGUACUGGAUGACUCUGCAAGUACAGCCGACACAGAGACACUUUCUACCUCAUCACAGGAAAGGAAAACACAAUGGCCAAAAGAAUUUGAGAUCCCUUCCUUCACAGUUGAUGUUGAAUACCGCCUGCGACAGGGCAACCUGGCCUACCUCAAAGACAGCACAUACCUCAAACUGACCAAAGAACUAAAGCAUGACAUCCUGGAAAAACUGGCUGAAACCAUGUUCAGCUUCAAAGCCUAUCCAACAAAUGAUGACUAUGCUCAGGUUGCUGCUGCUCUGGUAAAUAAGCAUCCAUGUCUUCUGGAAAGUGGUUCAUCUACUGGGUAUGGGGGGUGGAAGAACAGUCUAAAAUUCAAAAUGGGGAAUUUUAGAUCCAAGAUGAGAAACUUGGGAUACCCUGAUGUAACCAUUAAUGGAGGAAGGAGAGGUAUGAACAACCCUGAAGGAAUCCCGUCAAGAAAACACAUAAAAAAGCCAAAGAAAUGUGAAAUCAACUUUCUGCCAAACUUUCCAGGACAUAAUGAUGACAGCCUUUAAUCGGUUCGUAAAGAAACUCAAGAAGAAAUGAAGAUGAGAACACCCAGUCCAUCCCUUCUUGCACAACAGAUGGACCUGACUUUUGCGCUUCGGCGUAAAGAGAUUGUUGAGUCCGCACCUGCAAUCAGUGAUGUGCUUGAACGUUGGCCUGCCCUCUUCCGUGAGCCUCAGGUUUGCAUGGAGUUCAACAG